AGGUCUAGCUUGGGUGUUGCCACCAGGAUCCAGGCCGAAUGCCUCUCUCCGAUAGGAGAGCAUGACGUGGGAAGCAGCAGAGUCCACCUCGAUACAGACCGGCCAAACGAUGGUGUGGUGUGCCUUAUCUUCGCUCUCAACGCACAGGGCAGCAGCCGCCGUUAGUACAGCUACAGGUGUCCUAGCUGGGUAGCUGAAGUGGAUGCCUGAAAAUAGCCUUGCUGGCGUGACUGCACGUUCUGCCGUUAUACAGAGCCACAGUGCAACAAGAGUCACUUCGUCGACGAAGAAAGGGUUGGAUGGAAGCUUCCUCGCCCUUUCCCCUAUGCUACUCCCAUGCGCGUGGCAGUCUUUGCAGGGGAUUGGCCCGUCGUUGACAACCUUCCAGAUUUCCUGUCAGGCCAGGCGGAAGUGGCCACUUUGACGAUCUGAUCGUCCCAUAAUUGAGAUUUGAGUGAGUGUCCCCGCUGAUUCGACCGUCUUUUGUGUCUCGACUUUCUGGGACGGAAAGAAGAGGGAGGACGAUUUGCGGGUGUCGUCUCCUCGAGGCGGGUACCAAUAUUGUCCGUAUCAACAAAAAGUCAUCAGCCAACCAGCCACUCUUAGCAGCGGUGGGUACAAACUCGCCAAGUACCACUUGCAAUGAUGCUCUUCUCGUGUGCAACUGAAAGCAUGGACGAUGAGUCCAUGCUGAUGAGGAAACUCGCCUGCUUGUCGCAUGGUCGCUUCGGCAAGAAGAACAAAGCUGCUCUGCGCAUGGAGAAGGAAUGUGACUUUCCUGACGGACCUCCCCCUGCUGCUCCACCCGUGUUAAAAGGUCGCCGGCCUUCUGUUCGAUCGAAUCAAAGCGGUCUUUCCAGUGGUGGGGAGAUGGCCAAGGCGAAGCAAGAAUUUGUUGCGUCUGUCAUCGAUGAAGUAUCCGUCGCAAAGGGUGAAAUCUUUCGCCUCCUGUAUGUUGAUGGUGAAUGGGCAUACAUCUCCACGUGCGGUGCAAGGCAGGAGCAGUGUGGUUUCAUCCCUGCCUCAUACUGCCAACAUGUGAGCGAUGAGGAAAUCCAGCGCAAUCGUAAACGAGUCGUGAAGUUCGAGGAUGAAACGCGUGAGCAGAAGAAACAGCAGCAGAAAAAGCCCAAGCCGCCACCACGAACGGUUGGACCGGCAGCUAUACGAGACUCGAAACCAGUGGAUUCGGUGGCAACAACAGGCUCUCCGCAUACAUACCACACUCUGCAGUCGCCAGGUCAAAGCCAGGCGCAGUUCGGUACGUCUUACCUGUUGUCUCAGAGCAUGCUGGCAAUACCGCAGAAGUUUGUCCAGACAGGCGGCGCCGUGGUCGGUCAAACAAGACCCUACGCCAUGACGGAAAUGCCGCAGCACUUCCCGCAGAGCAGGGCCGCAAUGUACGAGAACUGCGAGUCAAACAACGCCUCCAUGCCCAACCUCAGCAGCAUCGUGCCGGACAACAAGCCCCGCAAGCUGGCUCGGCCGACACAGGUUACAGCGGCAUUCGACUGCGACAACUACAUCGUACCGACCGUGCCCGCACCGCCAGCACCAUCACAGCCUCACGUUGCUGCUGCUGCUGGCGCUAGUGUGCGCGAGAUCCGCAAACCGCUGGCGCCGCGCUUAGACGACCUGAUGAGUAUUGACUCGCAGUCACUGGCAUCUCUAACUGGUUCCAAUCACUCCGAUGGCGGCACGUCACUGGUGGUGAACCUGCCCGGAGCUUACCCAUCAUCCACUUCAAUACCAGCCUAUAAGGCAAAGGUUCUAUUCAACUUCAACUCCGAUGGUCAGGCAACGGGUGAACAUGCUCAAGCAAAGGCAGGAGAUGUUGUGGAUGUGAUAGGGCAGGAUGGCGAUGACUGGUUGUGGGUCCAGACACUGGGUGGCAAGCAGGGAUUGAUGCCAUCCUGCUUCCUCAAGGCUAUUUCCAGCAUCGAAGCGGAGAAUGUGCAGCAUGCUGAUGUCCAGGAAUCUCACUCAUCCCCCAAUCCACCCACAGCAGCAGCAGCAUCAGCAGCUCCUGGACUCGUCAAGGCACGCAAGAUGACAGUAGGGACAUCUGAGCCGACUAUGUAUGAGAAUGAGCUGAUAAGUCGCCUGAACAAUGCCAGCAGGCCUCGCUCUAUGCUCUCGAGUGUUUCCGAAGUGAACAAACAUGAGGAGAAAUCCUCAUCGACCGGAGGCGCUGGCCAAAUUCAUCGUUCCCAGAGUACCAGAAAGUCGACCAUUAGCGGUGCCAACCUUCCCAAACCGGAGGACUCAGAGCUGGGUCGGUGGUUGGAGAAGCACAGCUUCACGUCGGUGUCAUCGAAUGGCGAUGCUCCACGUCCAGAUCUGUGCACCCAGAACUCGGUGGCCUUCUCCAUCAUAGCAUCAAUACGCAGUAGCAGUGGCGAGUACACUAACCUCAAGCCAGAGCAGUCAGUGUCACCUCAAAUACAGGCCGCCGCUGCUUCUGCCACUGCUGCUGCAGCAGGCACACUACCUAGGCAGCAGCACCAUCACAGCUCCACCACCUCUAGCCGCAGCAGUUAUGGAGAGCAAGACGGCAUGCCAGCGAACGCUAGCUGCUCACCAGGUGCCAAGCAGCAGGUCGGACCGCCGACAGUCACCGAUCUUGCAGCCAAGCUGGGAAACCUGGUAGUGGUUGCGCCGCAGCCACAGCAACCACAGCACGCACCUCAACCACGCGCAGCAGCACCGCCAAAACACCCUAAACCACCAGCGCCAGUGCAGCCUAGUAGUAACCGUCCGCCUAUUGCCCCCAAGCCACAACCAGGCCACAGUUCUUCUGUAGAGCCCGUGCAGAAUGCAGCACCGAAAGAAAAGCUUUACAACAUGUCCAGCUAUUCAUCAUUGCCGGAGAAUUUCAGAUGCCACUCUGCUGCCUCGAUGCAGUCCUAUCCCGAUGCAUCGGUGUAUAGUUCAGCCGAAGACAUUACAGCGGAGGUGUAUGAUUAUGAAGACGUUGAAGACGACGAGAUCAUAUCGCGCCUGGAGGUGAUCUGUGACUUCACGGCAACUGGCCUGAAUCAGAUAUCGGUGCAGGACGGUAUGAUAGUGAUUGCCAACGUGACGAAGUCAACGCGUGGCUGGCUCUGGGUGUGCAUAGAGGACACCGGCGACCAGGGCUUCAUACCGCUUUCCUACACAGAGCCGUACGAAACCUGGGCUGGUUGAACAGGUGAUGGAUAAAGUCACAUCAUCGCUCGGGCCACCGACAUGUCGUGUAUAUCAGUACAGAAUUAUAUUUACAGCCAACCAGAUCAACAACAAAUUCAGGCUACAGACCCCAUAAUAUUAUGUUGACUAUGGGUCCUUGUCAAUUGUGACUGCAAAAUUUGCAACACCGAGUUAAUUUCUACACACAUGGAUGGUCCAUUGGCCAAGGUUCGAAGGGCAAUGGCUUCGCACGAUUCCCAACUGGUCAAACGGUGAUCUGAAAUCUGCAACUCACGUUCAUCCAACAAAUCUCCAUGCGGACCUUGCUCCGGUUGCCAGUGAGCGCUAUAAAAAGAACAACGACGUUAAUUCCACAUGGCUGCUGCUGCUGCUGCUUGGUUCUUCAGGCCAUGCAAUGACCAUGUCAGCUCAGAUAGACAGAAUCCAAUGGCAAUUUUAUUUUCUUGUAGUCUUGCCGGAAUCCCUUUCCUAUCUUUUUCUAAUAAUGAUAAUGACAGGCUAGCCCAAAGCCCUGAGACUGGCUGAGUGCCAAUUGACUACAAGUACACAGUUGUUAAUCCAUUGGGAACAUCCAAUAGAACGUACUCAGGAUAUUUUAAAAAUUAUUGAUCUUGGUGUCUAAGGUUGGAACAGCUUGAGCCUAUUUAGCCCACAAUGAACAUGUAAAGAUGUACAGUGUACUUCAAAUGCAAUAGCUUCCAAGUCGGGCAGUUGUCCAGGUUUCUCCUGCUCCGUGCGAGCACAAUCCUGCGACAAACUGGUUUGCAAUUGGCUGGAGUGGGUGCUGUGCUAGGCCCACGGAUUCCUGGAUCAUUUGAUGCUAGAUUUUUCUCACAUGGGUGAUCAUUGAAGCGAUGUUGCAUAGUAAAUUUCCUACCUACAUCAGAACGGUACUCGACAUGCUGACCAGCCUACUAAGCAGACAUGGCAGCGAGUGUCUACGAUUUCCAAGUUUCUUUUUGCAAGGCAAUGAUAACCAUAAUUUUCUUGAUUUAGCAAAACAAUUUGGCUAGUGUUUGAUUUCUAGGCAAAACCUGUUUAGUCACUUCGCUUACGUGACUCUUACCAGCUGACCAUCACGACAGGACUGAGGUGCUUGUACAUGUAUAUGUGCUGCAAAGCGUCUUAGACCGGUAUUGAUUAUUUUUCAGGUAGCAGUGGACUGUGUAUCUGCCACACCCCUGGUCCUUGCAUGGAGUCACUGGUGUACGCCGGGAUUUAAUAAUAAUUGUUUGGUAUGGCAGGCUGAACUCCUGUCAUCUCUC